UCAUCCUGUGAUACCAACCGUUUGCUCUUUGGGUCCUGCCCUAUGUCUGGGAACUCACGGCCCUGAGGUUGUGACAUAAUUUGGUGGCAGCGGUGGGAUAGGAUCCCAGGACCCAAAAGGCACCAUGAGCACCCCACCUGGAUUCUACGCUGACCCAUUGGAUCUCUUCGCUUGCAUGGAUUACUCCUGGACUCCAGAGAUCCCUACUGAUCCCAGAGAGAGGACCCUGUUCUGGCUGAGAUGUGAGUCACUGGGACUAUCUGGGGAUGAGGGUCUGGCAUAUGGAGUAGGGCAGUUAGUGGCAGGAGAGGCAGACCUGGAGGAUGGGUACUAUGUUCUGCAGCGCACCAUGCACCAACCAGGUGGGAGAUAUUGGCACAGUCCCUAUACAGUGCUCCCGCUUCCCUGUAGCUUGGCGGAAUGGCACGGCCAAUGGGAGAGGCUGAAUUUCUGUGACUAUAGCACCUUUGUGGGUAACCCAGAGGGGGAAUUCCAUACCCUCUAUGCACAGCGCUUCUUUUAUAUAGGAAUGAAUGAUACAGAGGAACGGAGGGACUGGCUUGCUGACCUGGUGUAUCAGGAACUGGAAUUGAUAAAAGAGUAUGGAAGUAUCCAGGAAUUGGAAAACCAACGCAAGGAAGCACUGAGGGUAUGUGCACCAUCUUUUUGUGGUUUUCAGCAGGCACAGCCAUGUCUUGGUACUGUAGGUCCAAAAGACUUUCACUUACACCCCAGUACAGUCAGUGCCGGGGUGGGGGAGGAACAAAAAGCUUCCCAAACAACUUUAUUUUGGUCCCCAAGGGAAAUCCCUGUUUGUGAGGAGUUCAGUGGUUGUGUUACCCCUGAGCUGGCAGAACCGGAGAGUGGGUGCUGCCACUUUAAAGGCUUGGCAGAGGCUGAGGCCUCCCCAAGUGAAAUCCCUGUUUGUGAGGAGUUCAGGGAUUGCGUUGCCCCUGGGCUGGCAGAACCGGAGAGUGGGUGCUGCCACUUUAAAGGCUUGGCAGAGGCUGAGGCCUCCCCAAGUGAAAUCCCAGUCUGUAUGGAGUCCAGUGGUUGUGUUACCCCUGGGCUGGCAGAACCGGAGAGUGGGUGCUGCCACUUUAAAGGCUUGGCAGAGGCUGAGGCCUCCCCGAGUGAAAACCCUAAUUGUGUGGAGCCUGGAGCUGCUCAGUUUGAAAAAAGCUCCAAGGAGGGAAGAGAUGAGGAUUCCCCACUACCUGAGUUGUUGCUGGCUGGAGAGGACCAGGAACAGGACCAAGAGGAAAGCAUUGCUCAGGAUUCCCCAAUGUCUAUCAGAGCAGUCAGUUCUGGGAAUGGAGUAAGGGGCACCCGAAAAGCACAACGUGUAACCAGGGCAGUUGUUCCGGAAACCCCCUCUGGCAGACAACAAGGCCAGAGAAUUACCCCACAGAGAAAUAAAACACUGGUGAGUCCCCGUGCUGUCCCUACAAUAUCUCCCAGAUGGAGGGGUCCCCCAUUGUGUAAUGUUACAGGGACCGGGGCCUUGAGAGAGGUUGGGUGGAACUUAGAAUUAAAGAAAAGACAGGGGGAUAAACAUUUGUCUAAUACUCUUUGGGGUCCACUGGUCAUUGGGGUCACUUGAAGAUGAGUCACCUUGGCCUGACUGCUUGGGGGGGGAAUACAGACUGUACCACCUGGGAUUGUUCCCUUCUCCCUGGAAGGCCCCUUUAUUGUCCCGGAGGCCAGAACUGUGACAUUACAGGGUUGCCCAUAUGGAGGAGAGAGGGUUAAUGACGGCCGCCCUGAAAUAUCCCUCUUAGAUCCUGUGGGUUCUGUUUACACCCCAUCUUUUUAUUCCUGUUUUGCCAAUAUGCCCCCCCCCCCCCCCAAGGAACUAAAGACUUUUGCUAAGUGACUUUGGGAAACUGCACCAACUGCUGCCCCCUACUGUGUGUAAGGGGCCCAGCCACUAAGGGCUGUCUGGGAGGGGGAGAGAAUACAGUAACUCUGGGACAGAUACAAAUUAGGACUCUAAAGUAACAUUUUUCUUUCUUAUUAUGGAUAUUUUGCCUUAUGGGAAUUGGCUAGUGAGGCUGCUGGGAA